GAUAAGCGUCGAGAAUUCCUCUGUCAUACCAACAUGUCUGCGUCCUUUGGAUAACGUGAAUGUAAACAUGCCCGUGACUAUAAACCUUAAAAAUCCUACCCUGAUUUGAGCUUUCGUACAGAAUCAGUCGCGAUCAAGCGGAAUGGCCCUCCGUGCGUGCAGCUGGGCUGUAAGAAAUUCAGUCUGCGCCUCAAGGUUGUCUGUCCUGUCAGGUCGACACGAACAUGCGUUGCUUUUCCUCAGAACGGGCAUUGCAGCUCACAGCCGGCGGACGAAUGGACUGAGCUUCACCCCUGUCUGUUUUAUUACGUCUGAUGCAUUUUUGAACAGACUAGCAAAAGGCAAAGUGGCAGAGCAAGAUGACAGCGGAUAUCACCACCCAACCUCAGUUCCGCCGCACCACGGCGAACAACUAUCUCUGUUAAUGAGAGAACCGGAUCAACCCGAGACCUCAAGGGUUCUGAAAGUGGCCAUAGUGGGUUCCCCAAACGCUGGGAAGUCCACUCUAUCUAACCAGCUGCUUGGCAGAAAGGUCUUUGCUGUGUCCAAGAAAGUACACACGACACGGUCGAAAACCCUCGGUGUACUGACCGAGGAUGACACGCAAAUAAUUCUGCUAGACACACCAGGUCUCACCACUGCAUCGAAGGUUAAAAGACACAACCUGGAGAGCUCCCUGCUGUCAGAUCCCUGGAGCACCGUGAAGGAAGCCGACCUGAUGCUGGUCAUGGUGGAUGUGGCAGACAAAUGGGCCUGUGAGAAGCUGGACCUGGAGGUGCUGAAGGUCCUGGCUAAGCACCCGGAAGUCCCCGCAGUGCUGGUGCUCAAUAAGACGGACCUGGUCAAGAACAAAGUCAAGCUGCUGGACGUGACGGCCCACCUGACGUGUGGCGUGGUGAACGGCCAGAAGCUGCAGGUCAGGAGGGUGGUCCGACCGCGCCGGGCUGCGGCCGGGACCCCCGCAGAGGCCGCGCCGCCCCCGCCCGCCGAGUCCGCCCCCCGAGACACGCCCCAGGGCGAGUCUCCGUCCGUGGGCAGCGACGCCAGCCCGGCCGGGACCCCGAGCCAGGAGCCACUGAGCCAGGAGCCACUGAGCCAGGGGCCACUGAGCCAGGAGCCACUGAGCCAGGGGCCACUGAGCCAGGAGCCACUGAGCCAGGAGCCACUGAGCCAGGAGCCACUGACCCAGGAGCCACUGAGCCAGGAGCCACUGAGCCAGGGGCCACUGAGCCAGGGGCCACUGACCCAGGGGCCACUGAGCCAGGAGCCACUGAGCCAGGGGCCACUGAGCCAGGGGCCACUGAGCCAGGGGCCACUGAGCCAGGAGCCACUGGGGCCGCUGAAGAGCCGGCAGGGCUGGCCCCAUUUCAGGGACGUCUUCAUGGUGUCCUCCGUGGACCAGGAGGACGUGGACGCGCUGAAGCGGUACUUGGUGGUGGAGGCCAAGGCCGGACCCUGGCACUACCACAGUGAGGUUCUGACCGACCAGACCCCUGAAGAGGUCUGCGCCAACAUAGUCCGAGAGAAGCUUCUGGAGAACCUGCGCCAGGAAGUGCCCUACACCAUGACUCAGUCCAUUGAGUUCUGGAGCGAAAAUGAAAAUGGAGAGCUGGACAUUGCAGUGAAACUUUACGUCAAGAAAGAAGCACACAUGAAGAUGGUGAUUGGCACGGCGGGUCAGAUGGUGGCACGUAUCGCCCGCGAGGCGGGACAAGACAUGAGCAACAUCUUCCUGAGGGAGGUCCGACUGAGGCUCUCCGUCAAGCUGAAGAACUGAAGAGCCAGAGACGUAUCCAAAUGAUUUAGAGACCGUUAAGAGAUGGGUGGGGGAGAGGGGUGGGGGGGGCGUCCUUGGAUUGAAGGGACAACCUUCAGUGUUUCCUUUAUCUGAAAACCGACAGCACGGACCCUACAAUAGAUGUGACAGGGAUGAUGUGUCCUGCAAACUCAUAAAACCACCCGUUAUAUUUUAUUAACUUGAAUCCAUGCGAACCCGAUGAACUGCUUAUGUAAUGUAACGUGACGCCAUUUAAGAAAAUAUUUGAGUCUAUUUAUACGUGUAAGUAUGUGCUGUAAUUAUGUGUUAAAGAGUCAGUUGAUAAUUUCAGUUGAAUAAGUUGCACACAAUAAAAAAAAAAUCAUGUUUUGGAAA